UGGGAUAGGGUGACAUGUUACAAUUUCUCCUUAGUGGAGAAUAAUUUUAGCAAAAACUAUGUUUUCUCCAUUAAGGAGGAAAUUGUUUAAAACCAUAUUUGCGCGUGAAUAGCACAAAACCUAUAACUAAAUUAGUUAUGCAAUAAUUUCGUGUUCGCCCUUUGUUUACGGUAGUAAUUAGACUCCCAUUUUGCUGAAAAUUGUAAUUUCGUGUUCGCCCUUUGUUUACGGUAGUAAUUAGACUCCCAUUUUGGUUCAAACGCAAGGACAGUUUGUAAAACAGAAUGUAAUUGAUGACUAAAGCUAAUUAAACCAAUUUUAUCAAUUCUUUAAUCUAAAAAGAAUUUAAAUAUUACUCAAUGUGGUGAAUUUGGCACCACUGCUUCUGGUAUACUCAACCUGCACAAAACGUUGCAUAACGCAGGGCUGAUUUUUGGAACAACCUGUGUUCUCAUCCAGCCCAUCAUUAUGGAAAUUUGCGAUAUUAUAUCAGAUCGACUAAGCGCGGUGUUUCAUGCAUAAUAUUUAAUUAAAUUAGUCAACAUCAAUUAAUUUUUCUUUUCAAUCCGAUUAAUUUUGGUUUGGGGAAGUUUUAACCCCCCAAAACCCCCUGGCCACGCCACUGUCAACAAUGAUCGUAAUUUUGAAUGGGAUUAACGAGUAGAUGACGGAAAUCGAUAUCGGAAGCCAUUUUGAAAACAAGGAUGGUGACAUCCGGUUUAGGUAAAUUCUUUAUAACCCCAACAAUAUGAGUAUUUCCAGAAUGAGAAAAUUAUGUACAGGGUGAUUCAUCAUAAGGUUUUCUUUUUAAACUAGUGAAAAAAAUUAAAAAAUGAAUCACGAAAUGUUAAUUAUCACUUGAAAGAAUAUUCUUCACCAUUUAUUGUUUGAAAACGAUGUCUUUUAAAUGUCGACUAUAGCAAAUGGUCCAUUUUUUGAUGACGCGUUCAAGCAUUUCAAAUGGUGUCCGGCAAAUCAACCGAGUUAUGUUGGCUCCCAAUGCUCCCAUCGUUGCAGGCUUUCCUUAUAGACAUUUGACUUCACAUAGCCCAAUAGAAAAAGUCUAUAGAUGUAAUGUUGCACUAUCUACGUCGCCAAUUGAUAGGUGGACAGCAAGAAAUUAAAUGUUUACCGAAUUUCUCAUGCAAUAAUUCCAUUGUUACAUUACUUGUUUGCACGUGGCGCCGCACAGUGGCUGGAGGCUGACCAAAACCUCAAAAAUUUAUUUUUGAAAUAUUGAUAUUUUAUAUUUUUUGUAAAUUUCUCAUGUAUUGAAUGAUGUAUAUUCAAAAUUUUAUGAUCAUUGGAUAAGAACAAGAUUUUUAACAUGAGUUUAAAAGUAGCAAAGUCCGGACUUUUUAAUGAUUUUCAUUUCCGAAACAACAACUGCCCUUUUCACUUCAUAUGCAUGUUGCUCUUUUGAUUUUGGUCCGAUUUUAGCACAACUAGUCUCAUUGUGUAGAGGAACGAAAGAAGUUGGUUAGUGAAUAAAAUACAUUUGGUUAAUUUGCUUGGAACUAUGACUUUUUAGUUUAAAUAUGUUUGAGGUGGUCAGAUCAAAAAUACUUUUUUCACUAAUGUAUUCUGUACAAAUUUCGGAAUCAUUUCGGAACGGUCACAUAGUAGACAUUCUAUGGUAAAUAACCUCUACUUUUGGAAUAUCAUGGUCUCGUUCUGUGCAUAGGAGCGCAAAAAAAUUUAAGGAGAUUUUGAAGCUUUGUUGCUGAUGUGGAGGCGCAUGGUGUGUUGUGUAAAAUAGUUGAACAAUCUACAGUAAACCAACACGUUAUACAUUGGAUUUAAAGUAGUGUUCUUCAUUUUUAUGAUAUUGCUGACAUUGGUGAACAGUAACGGAAAAUCUAUCAUGAAAACGGGAUCAUAGUUAUAAGAAAGGUUCAAUGACACUGUAUGGAAAAAUGCAUUUAAUAUUUUACGACUUUUGACAUCAAAAAUGAGUUUAGCACCUCAAAAUUAGCUUAAAUUGUGAUUUUCAGCCAAUUUAGGUAACAUUUGAGGUUUUGUCCGACUUUUGUUUGAAGACCCGCAACUGUGCGCCAUCCUAUUGGAACCAAUUAUUGUGAAGACUACGGACUUCAAGUUCAGUCAGCAACCAGUCUGUUAACAUGGCACGAUAACCAAGAUCCGUCAAAUCGAUUCUUCGCGAUCAUCAGGAACACACUCGGCCAAUGCCGUUAUGUUUUCUUCACAGGGCGCUGGAUGUGGUCGAAUUGGUCGUCUAUCGUGAACUGCGACUGCGAACUGUGGACUCAGUUGGCCGAUAAUGGCGACCAUAGUAUGGUAGGAGCGCAAUAAAUGCCUUCCUCAAAGAGCCCCGAUUCUCAUAAUGCAGUUGAACAAUUUAAAGAUAGUGAAACGAUUUAAGUCGUUCCAUCAUGAAAUGGCAAACAAUACUUAACAACAAAAGUAUGACAGUUUUCUGUUAGUACCCGUUAACCACUAGAAAAUACUAUGUUGAAAAAAAAUAAUUCAUGUUGGAUCGCCCUCUUGUAAAUGUAUAUGGUUUUAGAAAAUUUUGCUCAACUAAACUGCUAUCUUGGUCUUCAAAAUGACGCCACAAAUCGAUUUUCAUCAUCUACCCGUCAAGUUGCUUUAAAAAAUACCCGCAUGGUUACUUAGAGAAUUCCGCUCAACCGGUAGUCGCCAUCUUGGUUUUCAAAAUGGCACCAAACAUCCGUUUCCAUCAUCUACUCGUCAAACCCAUUUCAAAAGUGCCCAUAUUGUUGGUGUUAUCGAGAAUAUUGAUCAACCGGAAGUCUUGGAUUUCAAAACGGUUCCAAAUAUCUAUUUUCAUCAUCUACUUCCCGAACCCGUUCCAAAAAUCCCAUAUUGUUGAUGUUAUUCAGAAUAUUGUUCAAUUUACGAACACUCGGUUUGGUUCGUAAAUGGAAGGAUCCAUCAUGAACUAUCAUCACAAUCAACAUUGUUGCGUGAAAUAUUCACUAUUAGUUAUCGCGGACAAUUGAAGCCUACAUCCAAUGACCAUUUGAACAAGAUGAGCGUUGAACUCUAACGAAUCAUACCCACAUACACAUCGGAUAAAUUCAUCUGAUACUAGGAAACAUGAUGAAUGUGCGAGCGAGACGUAUUUCACCUACUCCAACUCAAGAUCAACAUAACUGCGCAUUGUAUAUGACAUGCCGCUUUCCUAGACAUUCGAAUCACUACAGACAUAAAGGACAUUUUCAAAGCCCCGCCGAAACCGUUCCUCUCAUCACAGCCUGAUAACUGCAUCCACCCACUGCGAGUGUCAGUCGCUGUAUACGGUUCCGCAAUGACAGUCUAGUUUUCUCCUUAUCAACGGAUGAAUUCCUUCGCCCUUAGAAUAGUUGUGAACUGAUAGAAAAAUCAUUGAAUAAUCCUUAUAGUGCAAUAGUUACUUGCAACAAACAGUAAAACAUUAAACAGUUAAUAUUAAACGAUUGAGUAUGGUAGGACAUAGUGACGAAAUGGUGGUGAGACCGCAAUCGUCUCCUCUUCAAGCAAAAUCACCACAGCCAGAUUUUCCGGUUUUCAUACCACCCAGGAAACGGCAAACCGGAAAGAAAGCAACACUUGGCAAUCAUGUAGAUCAUAUUGUAAAUUUACAGGGAAACAAAAAAGACUGGGAUUUAUCGAUGGAAAACGAUGAUGUUCGGAGCAAUAAGCGAUGGAACAGCGAGGAGAUUAUCGAAAUCAGUAACUGCAAGUCCAACGGGCAAGCAGAUUGUUUGGACGAGGACGACGAUCUCAAUGAACUACAACAGUUUCAUCCUCUGAAGGAUAGCUCAACCGUUACACCGAGCAGCAUUUCCGAAAGCAGUCUCGAUAGAAAGUCUAGCAAAUCUCACGAACUGCUAACCGGAAGCGGUAAACGAUCUAAAAAGCGGGUGAACAUUAGAACGGACGUCGAUGAGAUCAGCAGCAGACAGUCGCCGUCGGCUAUUUGUAACUAUGAAGAUUUGGAAUCUGGCGAAACGAGUGUUUUAAAUGCGGAAAUCGAUCAGUACAGUUUGGACCGAUACAACAGCAGAAGUUCGCAAUCUCCGGAUAAUUACUUAACUUUGACAGGUACCAUCAAGCGCGGCCGCAAAAAAGGCCAAUCUGUGGAUGUACAGUUGAACAUAUCACGCGAGGAAUUGGAACAGAUAAACAAGCAAGCACUAGCCGCCCACGAAGAAGCCUGUCGCACGAAGCAUAGCUGUUGCUGUCAGUGUACACUACGAGUCGGAAUUCAUAUUCUACUGCUCUCGAUUAUUAGUUUUCCAAUUGUUACACUAACGACCAGUAUUUACUCGUUUUACAUUGGUACUGUCACGUGGUACAACAUGUUCACCUAUUUCAACGAGGAAAGAUCGUAUCUGCACAAAUUGCUCAUGUCACCACUGCUGAUUUUGGCAUAUCCGUUGGCCAUAGUGAUGUGUACGCUGGGACUAGGAUUCUAUGCCGGGAUCCGGCAGGUUACCAUUCAUUUUACCACCUGGGUGAAUGAGAUCUGCGACAUAGAAAAAGGUUUCUACGGAUGGUUGUGCUCGUUUCUACAUCUUUCUGACUGCAGCCCAUAUGAAGUGGUUAUUCUGACGGACAUUUGUCCUUCUGGAGGGUCAGGCGUCGGAGCGGAUAGACCACCGCAGAGCGAAUCGACACAGAUUAACUCAUCUACUGAGGAACUGUCGCUUUAAAUUGAAAUAGACUGUGUUGAUAUAGUAUACAGGGGUUGCCAACUAAAAGCGUACGUAUUGGUUUAGUUUCGUGUUUCGUAUUCUAGCUUUUAAUCGGGGUAAGAAGUAGAUUAAUAAAUAACUGCCAUAUACAAAAUUUGAUCAAAUCGGUUAUGAUCGAUCCCUCGCCCUAUCACAACAAUGAAAUAUUAUGAGGGACCAAACAAAUUUACAUUAAGAUUUUGUGUGUUAUUAUUUUAUUAUGUACCUUUGAUGGCCUCUGGUAUUUUAUAGGUGAAAUCCACGACUCACAUAUACCAGGUUUGCUACUCCGCUAAUGUGAGUUUUCUGUGACGUCAUUAAACUCGUUGAAAUAAACUGUUUUCUCGAAAGGUGGCAAUUGAUAAUAUUCGUUCUUACAAUAAGUUCUUACGGCGGUAAAUAAUAAUGCGCAACAAAUUAUUUAUGCAAAUGACGGCAUAGGCAUAGGUUCCUUGUAAUCUACCGGAUGCCGAUCACGCAUUACACGAAUUUAAAUAUACAUUUCAUCGAAUUGCUUUCGCUUACGAUUUGGAUGACACCCGUUCUACGAAUGUUUACUCUCUAAGGAGCUAGUCUAGUAUAUGUAAGUCGUGAGUGAAAUCUUUGACUUCCAUUCAAUUUAGUACAGUACUUGCUUUAGAACUCGGAUAUAUGUACGUACAAGUAUGAUGUACGCACAACAAUAGCGACAAACACGAAAUAAAAUUACACGUAAGAUUAUGAUUCAACUAGUGGUUAGCCAAAGUCUGUUCGUAUAAAACCAUAUCUACAUGUUAAAAAUCUACUAGUCAUGAAAAUGUUAAUCCAUAUAAGCAGGCAGAAUCAGAAAUAAAGCGUGACUCAUUCAGUGAUAAAAC